GCGUCGCGGCCAUGGCUGAGGAGGUGCUGGCUCUGCGCGAGCAGCUGGUGGCCGAGGCCACCUGCCCGCUGUGCCUGGAUUUGUUCGAGCAGCCCGUGCUCACGGCGUGCGGGCACAGCUUCUGCGGGCAGUGCCUGGCGGGCGUGCUGGGGAACCCCCCGCGCCCCGCCGCCUGCCCGCAGUGCCGCGCCCCGGUGGAGCCGGGCUCGCUGCGCCCCAUCCGCUCCCUGGGUAACGUGGCCGGGCUGGCCCGGUCCCUGGAGGAGGUGGCGGCGCGGCCGCGGUGUCCCCAGCACGGCAAGCCCCUGGCGCAGUUCUGCGAGCCCUGCGCCGCCCUGCUCUGCGCGCUCUGCCGGUACGAGCCCGAGCACCGGCGGCACCGUGUCCGCCCCGCCGAAGAGGCCGCCCGGGAGCUGCGGGAGACACUCCAGAGCAACCUGCUUUCUCUACAAGAACAGAAGGAAAACUUGAAGUGCAGAGGAGACCAGAAAAGUGAAGACCUGCAGGAGACACUCCAGAGCAACCUGCUUUCUCUACAAGAACAGAAGGAAAACUUGAAGUGCAGAGGAGACCAGAAAAGUGAAGACCUGCAGACGGCGGUGAUGUGGGAGCUGCAGCGUGUGCCCGAGACCUUUGAGGAGCUGCAGCGCUGCAUGGAGGAGAAGAAGAAGGUGCUGCUGGCCCAGCUGGAGCAGAAUUUCCAGGAGCUGGUCAAUAAGAGCGAGGAAUACACGUCCAGAGUUUUGGAGAGGCAGUCGCUGCUGGACACGGUGAUUGCGCAGAUCCAGGAGAAGCGGGACCAGCCGGCGGUCGAGUUCCUCACGGAUGCUGGCAGAAUCCUGAGCAGCUGUGAGGCAGCCAAGGCCCCGAUCCCAGAGCCGGUUUCCCCAGAGCUGCAGAGGAGCAUCGAGAGCCUCUCUGAGAAGAUCCAGUGGGUCGUGGACAUGGUGGAUAGAUUCAAAGUGAGCCUGCAGAGAGAGAUAGACUGGGGCGUAAGGGAGCAGGUGAGGCUGGACCCAGAGACGGCGAAUCCUUGCCUGAUCCUCUCAGACGACUGCAAGAUGGUCAGGUUCAAAACUGGAAAACAAAACCUCCCUGACACCUCCAAGAGGUUCACGGGCAGCCUCAGUGUCUUGGGCUCCCAGGGGUUCACGUCUGGGAGGCAUUACUGGGAGGUGGAGGUCGGGGAAGAGGGCUGCUGGGCCCUGGGUGUGGCCAUGGAGUCUGUGCCAAGGAAGGAGUCUCUCGACCUGCACAAAUUUGAGAAUGUCUGGGCCCUGCAACUGGACUGGAGGGGCCAGUACAUAGCGGUCUGCACGACCCCUGACGUGCUGGCACUCAGGGAAAAACUCCAGAGGAUCAGGGUCUGCCUGGACUAUGAAGCGGGCCAAGUGACCUUCUACAACACAGAGGACAUGUUGCAGAUCUUGCAGUUGGAGGCCACCUUCACUGAGAAAGUCUUCCCAUAUUUUUGGGUCUAUUCAGAAAAAACCCAGAUCCAGGUGUGUGACUGACAGGGUGGGAUGGCUGCCGGGCCCCUGCCCGUGCCCUUGGCUGGCUGAGCAGGGAGGAGCUGUGCCAAUGACACGGCAUCACACUGCAGCCCCACUGCAGCUCUGCCUGGGCUGGAUCCUCUGCAAUUCUCUCCAUCUCCUCCCGCUAAGUCCUUUGGAGCACUGAAGAAGUGCUGUUCUGCCUGGGGAUGCCAUCAUGCUGGUGUCCUGGCUGGAUGCCAUGGUGAUGGUGUCCUACCUCUCCCUGUGGGCACUGAGGCCACAGAAUAAUCGGGAAGGAGGAGGGAAGAGGCUGUGAUUGUUCAUGCCAGCCUUGUCAGCACUGCAGGGCUGGUGGCGGCUGGGCUGGGCUGGGCUGGGCUGGGCUGGGCUGGGCUGGAGGGUGCAGCCACCCCACACUCAGGAAGCCAGGCUGGAGCCACGAGCUGAUAAUGAUGCCUUGAGUUUUUGCCUUCAUAUUUUUUGGAUUCUGUGCUGCUUUGGUCUGUAGUUCUGAGCUUCAUGUUAAGCGUUAGCAAGUUCUCUUCACAGGGUAGGUAGACAAAACAAUCCUUUUCUAGCUUGAGACCAAGGAUACAAAGUCCAGGCCCAAAAAGUAAAAACAACAGUGAACUGAAGAGAGAGAAACAAAGAGGAUGGAACUUCAUAACCUAAAGCUGUAAUUGGACAAUUAAAUCAAAUAUGUGAGUGGACCAAUACUUAUAAGUGAGAGUCUUUGUGAGCGCUUGUUCAUUUUGUGCCUACUUUGGGCCCAUCUUGGGUGUAGCCCUGGCCAUGAUGUAGCCAUUGAGGCAUUGUACUAAAUACUUGCUUUAUUCUUUAACUCUUUCUAGCCCCUGUUCUAGGUCAACCUUCAUAAGUCCUCAGUUCUGGCACCCCAGAUGGGAGAGAACUCACAAUCCCUGCCUUAGGAAGCCAAUGCCUUAUCCAUUAGUGGUGAUAACUGCUCAAAAAGUUUGUAAAAAGGAAAAUGUUCAGGAAGCGAUAGCAGGAGUGAGGGCACCUGGAAGAGCAGCGGGAGCUGGGGCGAUCUCUGAGAUGUGGCGUGCUCAAGGAAGGAGCAAACACCUCCCCGUGUAAUCCAGCAGCAUCGUGUGAGUGGCAGGGCCCAGGCAGAGCAACGCGGGCUGUGGGUCGUGUCCUGGAGAUGCCAAAGUGAUCAGCUGGACACGGCAGUUUCUGGAACCACCAGAGACAUGGCAGAGGAUUUGCCAGGGGCUGGACAGCGAGAUCUGCCAACCCUGAGCUGAGGAGAAGCUGCGUGUCCUGAGGAGUUUAUGUGGAGCACAAGUGGGGGACUGGCAAGUCUCCCUUCUCCUGCUCGUCUCUCCGUGAACCUCCAUCCUGGUGUCGCAGGGAUGUGCACUGCCUUAUUUCCCCAGCUGCUCAUUAAACGCCUCGUAA